GCGAGCACUAAAUUUCGCACCUUCCUUACAGAAGGCGGCAAGGCUUCCGGAUGAGCCGAAUACCUUCUACUGCACAGUCAAUUCUCCGCUUGUUCGCAGCCUGUUGACGGCCGCAAGACACGAACUGGAGACACGGACUGUGAAUCAUACUCCUGCCCUGAUUGAACUGCGCAACUUCUUGAACAUAGCACAUGUGACUCCGGAUGUAGGCCUGACUGAAAGCAGAAUCUACACUCAGCGGACGGCUUGCGGACAGUUUAGAAGAGCUUGCUUUGCCUGUCUAAAACGGGUUGAACAAGUGGGCGUCUGCAGUCGUCGAGAUCUGGAAGCAUUUUCAGGUAUUUCGCAUAUCUACUUAAAUAAUUUAGGUAGUAUAGACAAAAAGGUUGCAUAUUCAUUUAUUCAAAGUGUCGAAGAGAAAAUAUUAUUUGCAAAUACGAAAACCAGGAGAAUGUGGUCUUUUACAUGGUUGCAGUCUCUUUGCGUUGCAUAG